GUCCGCCAGCGUCCCACAAUCCUUUGCCCUCGGUUCCUCUUUCCUCGCUCAAGAUGGCGCUGCUCGCGAUACAAUCUUCACGCUGGGCAGCCGCCGGGGCUGCUUUCGAAAAACGCCGGCAUACCGUGUUUCUGAUCCGACAUCUAGUCUCUGUCCGUGGCGCAGGUUCUCAGUGGAGAUCACGGCAGCUCGGCGUUUCGGGAACCGCUCGAAUUUCCCAGAUACCAGAGUCAUUAAGACAUACUAUAUGGCAGAGACUGGGAAAAGGCAACUCAAGACAGAUAUUAGAUGUUACCAGGGGUCUCCAGGCUUGGCCACUGAUAGAAAAGAGGACAUGUUGGCAUGGUCAUGCAGGAGGAGGACUCCACACAGACCCAAAAGAAGGGUUAAAAGAUGUUGAUACUCGGAAAAUCAUGAAAGCAAUGGUUUCUUAUGUGUGGCCCAAAGACAGGCCAGAUCUACGAGCUAGAGUUGGCAUUUCCUUGGGAUUUUUGGGUGCUGCAAAGGCCAUGAAUAUUGUGGUCCCCUUCAUGUUUAAAUAUGCUGUAGACAGCCUCAACCAGAUGUCGGGAAACAUGUUGAACCUGAGUGAUGCACCAAAUACAGUUGCAACCAUGGCAACGGCAGUUCUGAUUGGCUAUGGUGUAUCAAGAGCUGGAGCUGCCUUUUUUAAUGAAGUUCGAAAUGCAGUAUUUGGCAAGGUGGCCCAAAAUUCAAUCCGAAGAAUAGCCAGAAAUGUCUUUCUCCAUCUGCACAACCUGGAUCUGGCUUUCCACCUGAGUAGACAGACAGGAGCUUUAUCAAAGGCUAUUGACAGAGGGACAAGGGGUAUCAGUUUUGUCCUGAGUGCUUUAGUAUUUAAUCUCCUUCCCAUCAUGUUUGAGGUGACUCUUGUCAGUGGUAUUUUGUAUUAUAGAUGUGGUGCCCAGUUUGCAUUGGUAACCCUCGGGACUCUUGGUGCAUACACAGCAUUCACAGUUGCUGUUACACGGUGGAGAACUAGAUUUAGAAUAGAAAUGAACAAAGCGGAUAAUGAUGCAGGUAACGCUGCCAUAGACUCGCUGCUGAAUUAUGAAACUGUGAAGUAUUUUAAUAAUGAAAACUAUGAAGCACAAAGAUAUGAUAGAUUUCUGAAGACAUAUGAAACUGCUUCAUUGAAAAGUACCUCUACUCUGGCUAUGCUGAACUUUGGCCAAAGUGCUAUUUUCAGUGUUGGUUUAACAGCUAUUAUGGUGCUCGCCAGUCAGGGAAUUGUGGCAGGUACCCUUACCGUUGGAGAUCUAGUAAUGGUGAAUGGACUGCUUUUUCAACUUUCAUUACCCCUUAACUUUUUGGGGACUGUAUAUAGAGAAACUAGACAAGCACUCAUAGAUAUGAACACCUUGUUUACUCUACUCAAGGUAGACAGUCGAAUUAAAGACAAAGCAAUGGCAUCUCCCAUUCAGAUCACACCACAGACAGCUUCGGUGGCCUUUGAUAAUGUGCAUUUUGAAUACAUUGAGGGACAGAAAGUCCUUAGUGGAAUAUCUUUUGAAGUUCCUGCAGGAAAGAAAGUGGCCAUUGUAGGAGGUAGUGGGUCAGGAAAAAGCACAAUAGUACGGCUGUUGUUUCGCUUCUAUGAGCCUCAAAAGGGUAACAUUUACCUCGCUGGUCAAAAUAUACAAGAUGUGAGCCUGGAAAGCCUUCGGAGGGCAGUGGGAGUGGUGCCUCAGGAUGCUGUCCUCUUCCACAAUACCAUUUACUACAACCUUUUAUAUGGAAACAUCCAUGCUUCACCUGAGGAGGUGUACGCGGUGGCAAAAUUAGCUGGACUCCAUGAUGCAAUUCUUCGAAUGCCACAUGGAUAUGACACACAAGUAGGGGAACGAGGACUCAAACUUUCAGGAGGAGAAAAGCAAAGAGUAGCAAUUGCAAGAGCCAUUUUGAAGGACCCCCCAGUCAUUCUCUAUGAUGAAGCCACUUCAUCAUUAGAUUCAAUUACUGAAGAGACUAUUCUUAGUGCCAUGAAGGAUGCAGUCAAACAUAGAACUUCUAUUUUUAUUGCACACAGAUUGUCAACAGUGGUUGAUGCAGAUGAAAUCAUUGUCUUGGAUCAGGGUAAGAUAGCUGAACGUGGUACCCACCAUGGUUUGCUUGCAAACCCUGGCAGUAUCUAUUCAGAAAUGUGGCAUACACAAAGUAGCCGUGUGCAGAACCAUAAUAACCCCACAUGGGAUGCAAAGAAAGAAAAUAUGUCCAAAGAGGAGGAAAGGAAGAAACUACAAGAAGAAAUUGUCAACAGUGUGAAAGGCUGUGGAAACUGUUCCUGCUAAGUUGCAUGAGACAUUUUUUUUUGACACAUUUGCACUGAAGCAGAAUUGUUUUAUUAAAAAAUAUCAUACAUUCCCAUUUUCUAUAAUCCUUUUUUAGAUAAGAUUUGUUUGAAAAGAAAUUUGAGUUUUACAUCUUUCACAAUAUUUAAUGUGACAUAUGCAUUUAGCCCCAAAUUACCUUCUUGUUACUGCCUUAGUUACGCCUAAAGCAUGUUUUUUGGAUUCCAAAUUUUAAUAGUUUUUUAAGUCUCCUUUAUGCUUACAGUUUAGAUGAAAAGUAUCCAUUACUUUUUUUUUAUUUUUAAAAGAGGACAGUGUAGGUUCAUUGUUUCUCCUCUUCCCUCCCCGCUGACUGACAUACUUCAAAGAUAGAUAACUACACCUUCAUUUUUUAAAGUCUGCCACUGUACAGUUUUUGGAGGAAAAACCUUAAUUCUCAUGUAUGUAUGUAGAAUGUUCUUCAUCAUUAACCAGCAUCUCUAGCAGUGGGAAUUUUAUUUUUUCAUCAGAAUGAGUUAUUGCUCUUGUUUGGGACCAAAAUUUAUGCCUUUCUCUUUAACACUUAAAACCCUGAUGUAAUUUGACAGUGGUCGUACUGGGAAUGAUCUAAAAAGCUUAGGAAGUUAAUUGCCCUUCUAUUUCCAUCUUAACUAUAGUGCUUUUGCUGUGUGAAGCUAUAUGAAGAAACAACUAAAUGGAAUGUAUGCAUACACAGAUAUGUGUGUGUGCACAUGCUCACAAUUGUAUAUAAAGCAACAACCACUUAAAGAUUAUUAAUGACCUUGAGGUAAAUAGGAGAAAGUUAUGUAUAUGUACUCUAGAUGAUUGGGACUUUAAUCAAUGACACGUCCGAAUUUAUUACAAGAUCUUCCCUUCCUUCUUCAGUAAUUUAAUGAGUUCCUUUAAAUGUGACUUAACAAGGAAGAGCCCAAACAAAAUGAUCAAGUUUUACCUGUUAAUAAAAUGUUGGUAUAUGUUCACUUAGAAGCUCCUCUCUUUUCCAAUUUAAAUAGCUUCUUUUCUUUCUGAAAAAGCUAUUUUCUUUUCAUAUGAUUGGAGAUGGUCUCAAGACCAUUGGAUCACGUGGUCAUUAGCCAGUAUUUUCAGCUACUAAAAACUUGAAUAACCUAAAAAACAGUUACAGUUAGGGCCAUUAAGUAAGUCUUAAAUAUUUUCUCUUAACUUCAUCAUAUUAAGAUGGUUCCAUACAGUGAAAUAAUGAACAAAAGGAAAGUUUCCUAGGAUGACUCAGAAGAAAAUGUCAAGAAAAGUGGCAUUUAUUAUAACAAUAAUUUUAUAUUAAAAUAUUACAUAUUCACAUAAAGGUGUAUAAAGUAUAAAUUUUUAAAAUCAAUAUUGAAACAUAAUUUUUUACUGGAUUGGGAUGAAUAAGCUACAGUUUUAGAAUAUGGGCUCUGAAAAUGGAGUAAGAUGAUGGGGUUUUAUUUCUUAUAUCCCUGUAUUUUUAAAAUUGCAUAUUUCCUUCCUAAAGGGAAUCCCAAUUUGCAAAAAUUGAAACGAGUAAUUUGGGAUCAGAAAAA